CAUCGAUAUUCUUUUAGCGUUUCCAGUCUGUCGCUGGUCUGUUCAUCAGGUCUUAGGGCAUGUUUGUUUGAUUCCUUCUUAUUCUUCAAACCUGACAAAUAUUUUGUUCUUAGGUUUCUGUUUAAAGUUAGUGGGUUUUAUUUGAAACUCUCUCUCUCUCUCUCUUCUACAUACGCUCGAAGAUCUUAUUGAUUCGAACGGCUGAAAGCUCCUGAAUUGUUUUGAGAAUCCAGCUCACCAGAAUCUACUGUCGAUAUGAACGAUCUUCUAGGGGACUCAUAUGAGGUCCCUCGCCAUGAGGCUAGAGGGGGUGAUAUUGAAAUGGCGAUGGACCGCACUUCCCACUCUGGAGAUAUAGGCUUGGAGAAUUUCUUCAAGCAGGUGCAAGAGGUUGAGAAGCAAUAUGAAAAGCUCAAUAAGCUUCUCCAAAAACUCCAGAGUGCCCAUGAGGAGUCAAAAGCUGUGACAAAAGCUGCUUCAAUGAAAGCAAUUAAGCAGAAAAUGCAAAAAGAUAUUGAUGAGGUGGGAAAGAUUGCCCGCUUUAUUAAGUCAAAGAUUGAGGACUUGGACAAAGAUAAUUUUGCCAAUAGACAGAAACCUGGAUGUGGAAAAGGAACGGGUGUAGACAGAUCAAGGACAGCAACUACAGUUUCACUGAAAAGGAAGUUCAAGGACAAAAUGGCUGAAUUUCAGACACUGAGAGAAAACAUCCAUCAAGAAUAUCGGGAGGUUGUCGAGAGACGCGUAUAUACAGUUACUGGCACUAGAGCUGAUGAAGAGACAGUUGACAGAUUGAUUGAGACAGGGGACAGUGAGCAGAUUUUCCAGAAAGCAAUUCAGGAACAAGGGAGAGGCCAGAUAAUGGAUACCCUGGCAGAAAUGCAAGAACGCCAUGAUGCAGUUAGAGAAGUUGAGAGGAAACUGCUUGAGCUUCAACAGAUUUUUUUAGAUAUGGUGGUCUUGGUGGAUGCACAAGGAGACUUGCUCGACAACAUAGAAACACAGGUGUCGAAUGCGGUUGAUCAUGUCCAAUCGGGAAACACGAUGCUCCAAAAGGCGAAGAAGUUGCAAAAGUCCUCUCGUAAAUGUAUGUGCUAUGCCAUUAUCUUACUUCUAGUCAUUAUUGCUGUUGUUGUUGUCGGAGUGUUGAAGCCAUGGCAAAAGAAAGGAGCUUAGUUCAUUGAUCCUGGUAAAAAGAAAUAUACAAUGAGGAUUAUUUUUUUUUUACUAUUUCGUGUUUUCACUUUGAUUUGGUUUAAUUUGUGUGCUGGUUGUGUAAAAUAAAAAUGACUUUGCUACUUUUAUUUUUAACUCUCCUCUAAAUGAUAUUUGAUUUAAUUUGUUUGAGUUUGAAAUUUUAUUAUGGAAAUGAAUUGUUGAUCUUCAUU